AUGAUUAACAGAGAAAGCAAUUUGGGCAAAGGCUCAGAUGAUGGCAAGAUUAUGGCUGCCGCGGCAUCUGGAAUUUCUUCUCUCCAAACGUCUGACUUCCUUGAUCUUUUGCGAAGCUUCCCCUCAUCACUAGAGGUAAAAUGUAUGAUCGAUGAUGCACUUCAUCGGUUUGAAAAGAAGAGUCUUCCACGUUUGCUUGGAAAACAAAGCAGUCAAGCUGCUGCUCAAGUGAAUACUGGUACUUCCUCAGCCGUCCGAUCCAACAAUCUGAAUUCGCAGUUGUGGCUUGGGGAUGGGUUCUCUGGAUCAGGGACUGAUACCAGAUUGUCUUCCAAGGAUGUGGAGUGGUUAGUGAUGGUGAUGCGUGCACAAGUUGAGGCAGAGCUGCUGCUGCAGCUCUCACAGUUUAUAAAGGAGGAAGUAGCCAUCCAACUCAAGGCUUUCUUCCCAAAGGCAUCUGCGGUACAGACGCAUUCGUCGCCAGAGCGCCCACCACUUCCCUGUUCACCGUGUGUCAAAACACGGCAAGCAUCGUGCACGAGCUUAAAAAUGCAGAUGAAUCUCGCUACAUCCUUGAUGAGUGAUGAGGAUUAUAGAGGAGACGAAAUCGAUUCUGUACGGCUUCAGCGAGAGCGAACUUCAAACACCCUUCUGGAUGUUGACUACCAACUUAACUGCCUCCAGCGACAGGUCAACGAACUUGCUCAUCAAUUCCGCACCGCCCAACAGCGCCUUGAGCAAUUAUGCCUUGCCUUUGACUCUACUAGGCUGCCUGACAGUUCAUUUACCAGCGGUAAUACGGGUGAAUCCCCUAUGAAAGUGCUGGCAACGAUGCCACCGUCUGGUACUGAGGACAAAAUACCCAACAGUCAUGGUGUCUUUUAUAUAGAACUCCUUGCGGCUCUUGACGCAUGUGAUUUAUCAGAGGUGCGGCGUCUUGUGCGCACACGGUGCAAGCUCCUUGAGACACAUCCUUCACUAUCAACCGGUAGGACGCCACAGGAGACGCGCUCUUUCGUUGCAGCGAGUUCAGUAGAGAAUGUACUAAAGGAAGGGGAGUCGAUACAUGACCCUGUUGCCGCUGCAGCGCGACACCUGGCUAAGAUUUUGGACGAAAAUAGCGAAACGUCAGCGCAUCGACCUUUCAAAGAUGUUCCUGAUAAAUCGCCGCUCUUGAGUGGCUCCUGUACUAGUGAUUGGAUUUCUCGAAUGUCAUCUAAAAAUCUGCAGACUCAAACUCACCGUCGUCACGACCGGCGGGGUCGCGACACACAUCUAAGGUAUACCAGUGCCGUGAGGAGUCACUCCAUCACGUCAGCAAGUCCCUAUAGUUGCUCAUCUCGUGACAUGUAA